AUGCCUGGGCCGCUUUUUAUUCAAGAGAAGACACCUACCUCAUAUUCAGGUCGGACAGGCGAGCAUCGCCAACCAACACAUAUCACCAUGGUGCGGUUCUUCUCUCCGCGAUGGGUAGUGGCCUGCGUGGUCCUUCUCUUCUCCACCAAUGCCUUCGCCGUUUCAGCCGUGCUUGGAGUCGAUCUCGGCACCGAAUACAUAAAAGCUGCACUCGUGAAGCCCGGCAUCCCUCUCGAAAUCGUCCUCACGAAAGACUCGAGAAGAAAAGAAACAUCCGCCGUCACAUUCAAGCCCGAUGCCAGCGGUCCCAAGGCCGGCUCGUAUCCCGAACGUCUCUAUGGCUCCGAUGCUAUGGCAAUUUCUGGAAGGUUCCCCAGUGAUACCUAUGCCAACCUGAAGACACUCUUGGGGCUUCCCGCGGACGACGCGGCAGUAAAAGAAUACCUUACGAGACACCCAGCUCUCCAAUUGGAGGCUACCAAGCUACGUAACACUGCUGCUUUCAAGAGCAAGGCAUUUACCGACGAUGUAGACGCUUGGCUGGUUGAAGAAUUGUUGGCUAUGCAACUCCAGAGCGUCCAGCGCAAUGCAGAGGCAAUGGCUGGUUCAGAUGUGCGCUCCAUUGUCGUCACUGUACCUCCCUUCUAUACGAUCGAAGAGAAGCGCGCUGUCCAGACAGCUGCCGAGUUGGUCGGCUUAAACGUUUUGUCUUUGAUUAGCGAUGGGUUAGCGGUAGGGCUAAACUAUGCAACGUCUCGCCAAUUUCCUGUUGUCACUGAAGGAGGCAAGCCCGAAUACCACAUGGUCUUUGAUAUGGGAGCCGGAUCUUCUAGUGCGACUGUCUUGAAGUUCCAAGGCCGCGCGGUCAAGGAUGUCGGCAAGUUCAACAAGACUAUUCAGGAGGUUCAGGUUCUCGGUUCCGGCUGGGACAGAACCCUUGGUGGUGACUCCCUCAACUAUCUCAUUGUGGAUGACAUGAUCUCCAAGUUUGUCCAGACACCCGCUGCACAGAAGGCUUCGGUGGCAACUGAAAGCGUCCAAGGACAUGGACGAGCCAUGGCCAAGCUUCUCAAAGAUGCCGAAAAAGUACGACAUGUCCUCAGUGCCAACCAAGAGACAGCCACUAGUUUUGAAGGCCUCUACGAUGAUGUCAACUUCAAGUACAAGCUCACAAGGGCUGACUUUGAGGCUCUGGCUGAAGACCAUGCCACCAGAGUCGGUGUUGCAGUUCAAAAGGCCCUGGACGUUGCCGAGCUGGAUAUCACUCAGCUGGAUUCCAUUAUUCUUCAUGGUGGUGCCUCCAGAACUCCAUUCGUCCAGAAGGCUCUGGAGAAGAUUGCAGGCAGCGACAAACUUCGAAGUAACGUCAACUCCGACGAGGCUGCUGUAUUUGGCGCUGGUUUCAGGGCCGCGGAGAUCAGCCCGAGCUUUAGGGUCAAGGAGAUCAGAAUCUCGGACGGUUCCAGCUAUCCUGCCGGCUUCAAGUACACAGACGUCAACGGCAAAACUAGGCAGCAACGUCUCUGGACUGAGAGAUCCUUGUUAGGCGCAGCUGCAAAGGAAGUUACAUUGAACAACCUCGAAGAUUUCACGGCCCAGUUCUAUCAGCAGGUUCCGUCAGCUGACGGUGUCGUCGAUAGAGAGACAAAAGUUUUGACGACCAAGAACCUUACCGCUUCAGUUGCUCAGCUCAAGGUCAACCACAAUUGCGCUGAUUCAGACAUCCACUUCAAGCUCAAUCUGCGUCUUGGUGGCGAGGAUGGCGAAGUCAAUGUCGUCAAGGCUACCGUGGAGUGCGAGGCUGACGAGGCUGAUAAGGAGGGCUCGGUCAUGGAUGGCGUCAAGAACCUUUUUGGCUUCGGCAAGAAGGAUCAGCAGCCUCUUGGGGAAAGCAGCGAUAGCACCGAAAGCACCGAAAGCACCGAAUCUGCUUCUACUACGGCGUUCACUGACACGGCUACCACGUCUUCAGUGGAGACAAGCACAACAGCCUCUGGAGACUCAUCAACGGCAUCGUCGGCUGAGGCAGCUGAAAGCAGCGUUUCAGCCACGAAAAAGCAACUUGUCGUUAUCCCAGUGCAGUUCACCCUCGAGAAAUCUGGAGUACCCCAAAUCCCGAAGGGGGAACUCACCAAGUCCAAAGACCGCAUUAAGGCUUUCGAAAACUCUGACAAGGGUCGGCGAGCCAGAGAGGAAGCCCUCAAUCAACUCGAAGGUUUUACAUAUAAGAUUCGCGAGCUCUUGGACGCAGAAUCGUUCAUCGCUGCAUCCACCGAAGAUGAGCGUGCUUCCUUAGAGCAAAAGGCUAGCGCUGUCAGUGAUUGGCUCUACGAGGAUGGCUCAGACGCACCCCGAGAUGAGCUCAAGGCUCGUCUCAAGGAACUCAAGGACAUCGUCACACCAAUCGAGAAACGAAUCAAGGAGAACUCUGAAAGACCUGAACUGGUCAAGUCGCUGAGAGGUGCGCUGGACCAGACAGCCAGCUUCGUCGAUUCUAUCAAGCAAAAGAUUGCGGAGGCUGAAGCUUUCAGCGCAACAGCCAGCUCCAGCACAGCUACAGAGGCAAGUGGCACCAUCACGGCUACCCCAUCAGCAUCUUCUGCCGACUUUGAUGGUCUCGAGGACGAUGACUUCACCUCUUCCACCACAACAGCUACUGCACUUGAGGACCGCGGCCCUGUCCCGCCUUUGUACACGCUUAACGACCUGAAGGAGAUCACAGAGAUGUCGGAGUCCACUUUGAAGUGGCUGGAGGAGAAGCUUGCUGAACAAGCGAAGCUGGCUGAGAACAUCGAUCCAGUCAUUCUGGUCAAGGAUAUUAUGGAGAAAACUAAGAAGCUGGAGAAGGCUGGCAUGGAUCUAGCCAUGAAAGCCGUCAACAACUUCGAUUCGAAGGGCAAGAAGAAGAGCAGCUCGAAGAAGAGCACCAAGACCAAGAAGAAGGCGAUCACCAAGACUGAUAGCUCUGCCCCAAAGCAUACCGUCGAUCUUAAGGAUAAUGAGUACAUCAAGUUUGGCGGUGACGGUCAGCAGCCCUCAGCAGAAGAGAUUGAGGAGAUGAUCAAGAAGCUUACGAAGGAGCACGAAGGAAAGCAGGCCAGCAAAGAUGAGGUGCCGACUCGCGACGAGUUGUGA